AUGCCCUCGUUGAAGCCGAUCAACUUUACCAAAUGGGUUGAGGAGAACGGGGAUCGACUCAAGCCACCGGUCAACAACUAUUGCUUGUCAGUACUGCCCGCCUCUAAGCUCGGGUCGGCGCUUGGCCGGGGCAUAGCGCGAAGCGCGACGAAGCUGACUGACUCCGUGGCGCGCUCUCGCUCGAUACAGGUACGAUGGGGGCGAUGUGACCGUUAUGGUCGUGGGAGGACCGAAUGAACGAAACGGUGAGCCGUCCAUCUACUUUUUCUGGAGGUCCAUGUCGCCGUACACCACCCGAUUGCCACCGGCGCGUCCCGCCACCAUCCUGAGCGGGAAUCGCAGCCGCAGCCGAAUCGAUCGACUCUUCCAACAGCAGUCGCAGCCGCGGAGGUUACCGAGACAUUCCGGCUGACCCAUCUUAUUGGCACGACUCCACAGACUACCACAUCAACGAGACAGAGGAAUGGUUCUACCAAGUCAAGGGUCCGAUGACGCUCAAGAUCGUCGAGGGCACCACACGAUCGACCGACCGACACCCCACCCCGGAGGGACUACAGGCGUAUCAGGUCCAGGGGGGGACGAUGCGUGAUAUCGAGAUUGGGGAGGGGGAGAUGUUCUUGUUACCAGGUAGGUUCAGGUUCAGGCGAGGUGGGUGUCAGGUUCGUCGUGAUGUGGUUGCUGACAUCGCCUCCAACUUGACAGCCAACACACCGCACAACCCGUGUCGAUAUGCCGACACGGUCGGGAUCGUGCUCGAGCAGGUUCGGCCCGAGGUCACAGUAGGCGAGUCUACGGCCGGAUGAUCACACCAUAUCAGCCCCAAGCUGACCCUCUAUCGCACCUUCAGACCGCCUGCGAUGGUACUGCGACAAUCCUGCCCACGAAACCUUGACCCAGAUUCGAGAAGUCACGUUCCACUGCACCGAUCUCGGCAAACAGCUCAAGCCCAUUAUCGAGGUCAGUCUCGCGCAGAGAAGAGAGAGAUUGAAGCUGUAAGCACACUGACAGAUCUACUUGAUCUGUGUAGGAAUGGAUGACGACUCCCUCACUACGCAACUGCGGCGAGUGUGGCAGGGAAGCACCGGCGAAGUGA